AUGGAGUCUCCAAACGAUAGUUUCAAGUAUUCAAGUAAGGCUUUUGCCACUAUGACUGCAGGUUGUAUUGGGUCUGGAGUGGUGUUUCUGACUUAUGGUAUGAAAAUGGCAGGUUUGGCAGUCGGAAUUUCAACCUUGAUCAUCUGUGCCUUGGUUUCUGUAGUAACCCAUUCAAUUUAUGUUGUUGGAUCAUUACAACUUGGAGCAGUAGAUUUAUCUACUCUAUUGAUGAGAGUUUCUGCAUACAAAAGUAUUCGAAGUUUUUUGGUUAGAAGAGAUGCAAAGAAGGAGAGCUUAGAGGAUGUGGAAAGGCUCCAGAAGGGCCAGAAGAUGAUUUUAACAGCCAGCGAAGUUGAGGAAAUGAAGAGUAAUAUGAAGUUUCAUUUUAAGUCAAUUUCCAUUAUUUGUUUUCUUUCUAUGGCUUAUGCCGUUCCAGUAUACUUCAUUCUAUUGCGUUCAUUUACCCAAGAUCUCGUUACCCAUGCAAUAUUUUCAUUGCCUCAAUUUAAGUUUUUAGAGUAUUUAAAGGACGAAUACAUCUUAUCUGCCAUAUACUUCUUAGUGGUUUUGCCUUUUGCAACGAAGUCAAAGGUUUCAGAAUUGGACUUUCUUGGUUGGUUCUCGGUAGUCUCAUUCUUUACUUUGGCGAGUGUUAUUGUAAUUAGAUCUGUAAUUUUACCUUACUCAGGACCUAUGCCUCCAGUUACAGGGGAAGUCCAUAUUUGGCCAGUGCAUGGACCUCUCUCAGCUUUUAAGAUGUUCACAUUCGCAACUUAUGCAUUUUUGUGCCAUUGUAUGGUUGUACCAGCAGUCUUAAAUGUUAGUAAUUGCACUUCCAAAAGGUGUAUUAAGGUUAUUUCAGCCUCAUUUACAUUUUUACUGGUUUUCUCUUUGGCUCUAACAAUUUCUGCUUAUAUGACUUUUGGAGAAGCUACAAAAGACAACAUUACAUUGAACUUUUCACCAUGUGACACUUUCAUGGGAUUCUCACGAAUACUCAGUUGUAUUUCAUUAUGUGUUAUUAUUCCACUAUUUACCGUGUCAAUUUGCAACUUUAUCGUAAAUGAUAUUGGUCUUAUCAAUUACAUGUCUGAAUUAGCAGUUGAAGACGUCUUUCAAGUAAUUUUUGAUGAGUAUGAUGACAAAAAAGAAUCUAGAACUCUUAAAUUGACUUAUGUUGCAUCCAAACCCAACAUUGUAUUGGAUGAACUAGUUAGUCUAUUAGCUAAAAACAAAGCAAGAGCUAUUGAAUCAGAUAAUCAAGAAGACUUCAGUACUGAAGCAACCCUAAGGUCUACUAAGAAGAAGGAGAAGUCAAAUAUUUGGAGAUUUGUACUUUCUACAGCUAUUUUACUCAUAUCCAUUUUCCUUUCUCAUGUGGCAAAAUCUUGUACUCAAUAUGUUGAAUUGUUUUGUGGUUACAUUGACGCUUUUACAGCAUCAAUUUACCCAUUGUUUGUUUACUCUAUAAUAUGGGGAAGAAGGAAGUCACUCUUUACAAACUUUCUCGUAGUUUUGUCUUGUUACAUUUCAGCAAUUGGACCAAUUUUAUCGUCUAUAGUUACUACUUAUGAACUAUUUACUGGGAUCCAGACUUAA